AUGCAGGACCUGCCGGAUGAUCUCCGCCUCAUCACGCUCAACUGCUGGGGUCUCAAGUACAUCUCCAAGCUCCGUCGAGAACGGAUCACAGAAAUCGGUCGCCAGCUGUCCAUAGCCAGCCCACAGCCUCAUAUUGUCGCUCUGCAAGAGUGUUUUACCCAAGAAGACUACAAGAACAUCCGCCGCCAAACCCGCUUCGUUCUCCCAUAUGGCAAAUUCUACCACAGUGCGGCCUUCGGCGGGGGAUUGGCCAUCCUUUCGCGUUGGCCCAUUGAGGGGAGUACUAUGUAUCUCUACCCCUUGAACGGCCGUCCGACCGCCUUUUGGCGUGGCGAUUGGUAUGUUGGCAAAGGUAUCGCACACGCAAAAAUCCGUUAUGGCCCGGCUGCGAAACAGGUCAUUGAGGUCUUCAACACCCACACCCACGCGCCUUACGAGGGUGGCAAACCAAACGACUCGUAUCUCUGCCACCGUACUGCACAAUCGUGGGAGAUGGCCAAGCUGCUCCGCGGGGCCACUGAACGCGGCCAUUUAACCCUUGCAAUGGGCGAUUUCAACAUGAUCCCGCUGUCACCUGAGCACCAACUCAUCACAAGCCUGGCCCCGGUUCGCGAUGUUUGGCGGGUCAUGCACCCCGACAGUUCUCUGGGUCCCGCCCACCACCCGGCUGAGAAAGCUCGCGGCCGCCCCGUUCCCACCGCUGAAUUCAAUAUCCAAGAGAAUGGAGCCUCCUCUGACGGUCCGUACAAUACAUGGCGAUGGACGAAAUCCCAGCAGAAAAUGCUCGGACCUGGGAAACACCCGACUACGGUGUCUCCUGAUACUCCUGAUCGCCUCGGUAAAAAACUAGAUUACAUCUUUGCUAGCUCCGGAGACAUACAGGCGCUUGGGGGUGCUUGGGUGGUCAAGAACGUGAACGUGGGCAUGAUGAUGCGGCAUCCCGAACUCGGCUGCUCCCUUAGUGAUCACUUCUCCAUCGAAGCGACCCUAACCUUCCACCCACUGCCGGAGGACCAAUCUCCAUCACCAGCCUUGUCGACAGGACCGAACGUUGAUCACCUCUCCAACGGCCCAACCACACCCGCCGCAACCGAUACCCUCCCCCGACCACUACCUGAGCCCACUCUAGGGUCAGCCGAAACCGCCGGCGCUGACUCUACUCUGCGCAACGGCGCUUACCUCCAACUUCAAUCGCCCCCCCCCAGCCUCAAUCAUGAGCCCGACUCCUCUUCGCGGGCCCAGCUAGCCUUUUUCCUCCGACAUAAGCAUAAUAGCCACAACUACGCGAGCCUCCCCCCAACCACCUACGAUACCAUCCUUGCCAUCAUCCAAACCUACGCUUCACGCGAACAGAGCCAACUGACCUGGCGAGCACGCCGCUUCUUCUUCGCCUUGUUCGCUAGCGUCGCCUGCCUCGUCGGCGUGUGGUUCGUACCAUCGGGUAGGAACUACAUAUCCUUCAUCCUAGUGCUGGUCAGCACGCUGGGCUUGGUGGCUGGCACUGUGGAGGGGCUGAUGGCACUGCUCUUCUUCCGCAGCGAGCUUAACGCUCUGCGGGAAUUUCAUUGGGAAGUGAGGAAUGCGAAGAGGGCUCUGUUGGCUGGCGACAGUGGAGGGCUGGGGGGGAAGGGGCUUUCAGAGUUUGACGCGCAAUAG